CACACACACACACAUCCCUCAAACCAAAGCCCUACACCAGCACCCUUCUCUGUUUCCAUUUCCAUUUUUCGCUCUGAAAGUUUUGGGUGAAGCAGGAUGGCUUCUCUCUUUAGUCUCCUAUACCGCAACUUCUGCACUACAACACCUGCAACAACCGUGGGUUCGACAACUCUCAAAGCCAUUGUUGGCGACAUUUUCAAAGAACGUAACUUCAAAACCCUUGUCGAAAAGUUCAAAAAGUCCUCCGAGUCCUACCGGUUUCGCUGCAAGCACCGCAUAUACGAGGUUACAGUUCGGCGCCUUGCCUCGGCUAAACGAUUCUCAGACAUCGAAGAAAUCCUGGAAGACCAGAAGAAGUAUAAUGACAUCUCCAAAGAAGGCUUCGCGGUACGGCUUAUCAGUCUUUAUGGAAAAUCGGGCAUGUUUGAUAAAGCAUCUCAAACGUUCGACCAAUUGCCCGAACUAAAGUGCGAGCGCACUGUGAAGUCCUUCAAUGCCCUCCUCACGGCUUGCGUCGAUACGAAGAAUUUUGAUAAGGUGGAACCCCUUUUCCGCGAGCUCCUUUCCAGCUUGUCCAUUCAACCGGAUAUUUAUUCGUACAAUAUCAUGAUUCACGCUUACUGUGAGAUGGGUUCACUCGAUUCUGCACUUAAGUUUCUAGAUGAGAUGGAGAAGAAUGGUGUGACCCCAAACUUGGUCACUUUUAAUACGCUUCUGAAUACGUUUUAUGAGAAAAACAGAUUUUCUGAUGGCGAGAAGAUUUGGGUUAGAAUGGAGAACAACGAUUGCGUUCCUGAUAUUAGAAGUUUUAAUGCCAAGCUGCGCGGCCUUGUUCUUGGGGGUGAGACAACUGAGUUGGUUAAGUUAGUUGAAGAAUUAGCGACAAAGGGACCAAAACCUGAUAUACAUACUUUCAACGCAUUGAUUAAAGGACUUUGCAAUGAUGGGCAGUUAGAGGCAGCCACAAGGAUUUAUAGUGAAUUAGCCAAAAAUGAUCUCACGCCAAACCGAUCGACCUUUCAGGCACUUGUCCCUUGCCUUUGUGAGAAAGGGGAUUUUGAUCGCGCUCUUGAGCUCUGCAAGGAGAGUUUGAACCGACGAUGCUUCCUGGAUGUCGGGUUGUUGCAAACUGUGGUGGAUGGCUUAGUCAAGGAUUCAAAGUUUGAUGGAGCAAAGGAGCUUGUGGAGCUUGGGAAGGAAAGAUGUUAUGGUAAAUCUGGCUUGAAAAUGCCUUGUGAUGGGGAAUGAAUUCGCAAUUCGCUGAUGCGCUGAUCACCUUUACUCUGGUAAUUCUCUUAGUUAGGGCUCUCCCAAAUCUGGAGCCUCACUCGGUUAUCAUGAGAUAUAUGGUGUCAUAAGGGCCCCAGACCGUUCUACAGCUUCUGUAGCCCCAAACUGUAUACUGGAAGAUUUGUCACCUUGAAGUGGAGCUGGUAGGAAUGAAAAGCAGCAGCAUGGGAUGAGAGAAUAUUGUGGGCAACAACAUAUGUUUCUGUCGAUGAUUUUCUCUUCUUGCAGAAGAGAUGGCCAAGAAUGGAGCACCUCCUUGGAGCUUGAAGCCCUGUGUCAUAACCUUGGAUUGGAAAUCCAUGAGGCUUAUUGAAGGUGAUCCAGCGCUUAGCUUCUCUGAAAAGUUCGAAGCAGGGGAAAGCAUAACACACAAAGUCUUGUCUGCAGGAGAUGGAUCCUCCCUACUUUAACUUGCAUUUACCCAAAAUAUUUCUGUCAGUAAUUAUAUUAGAGAUUAUGCUUACACUAUCUGUUCACUAGAUCAUCUUUCAUAUCUAUCUUCAAGUGCCUGUGGAAGAUCCCAGUAAUACAGAGACAAAGGUUGGAUUCCUGGUAGAAAGAACUACUGAGACUUCAAUAAAAUUUUAGAGGUAGAGGAGUGUUGGUUGAAUGAGAGAACCUUUCUCAAGUGGAGCAUCUAUGAGGCUGUUGUAGUAGUUAUAACCCUCAGGAUUAGGUUCUCUAGUACCAUCUGUAUAGGAUAAAAGUUCAAAUAUAGAAGACAAUGAAGAACAGGGAGAAGAAACAGAUUGUCGAAGUCAUGUUUGUUA